AUGAUGUACUUUCUCCGAAUCACGUUUCUCUCGAUAAUCUCUAUUUAUGCCGUUCUUGGAGUUGACGAACUGAAUUGUAUUCCAGCUGUUCGAGGGAAUGGACACUGUGUCGGUGUAUUCCGAGGCGCCGAAAAGAACAUUCUCCCGAUUAACCUAUCUGUACCUGAAAACAUUGACAAAUUCGAGAAGAAUUGCGAGGAAUUCAAAAAAUGCUCUACCGAAAUGAAAUGUGGUAUUUCGAAGAAUCUCGCCAACACCAUUGACCUAAUCAAUGUAUUCUGCGAGGGUUCACUAUGCAUUGCAAAAAUGGAGCAAAGAAAUUCUACAUGUUUUCGAGAAGUGAAAGCUCCACAGUUUCGCGCUACAGACAAAGAAGCUAUCAAAAUUAGUUGUAAAAACAUAUUUGAUAAAUACAGCUGCAUGGAGAAAGAGGUUACCGAAGUAUGUGGUGCACAUAAUUGGGAACGGUUCAAGAAGACAUUGUUGGCCACGAACGAAUUAAAAGGAACAUGCCAACUUGAUUGA